AACUGACUCUACAGCAACUACUUCCUCAUCAAACCCUGCAGCUACCUCUGAUUCCACAAGUACUGCCUCCGAAAUGACAUUCAACAGUAAAAGUGAUGUUACACAAACUGCCUCUGCAUCAUCAUCUAUCAUUAUGAGUGCAUCCUCAUCAAUAUCCAGGACUAAAACUGAUUCUACAUCAACUUCCUCCACAUCACUGCCUACAGUUGUUUCCCUUUCAACAAAACAGUCAUCUGCUACGGAUUCUUCAGCAACUCCAGCUACACAGAGGUCUAGCUCCAACACUGACUCCACAGCUGUAACCACCACACCAACAACUUUAAUUCUCAGUACACUUGCUUCAGCUGCCUUCAAAGUGACAUUCAGCACUAACAAUGAUGUCACAGAAACUGUCUCUGCAUCAUCAUCUACCAUUAUGACUGCUUCCCCAUUAAUAUCCAACACUAAAGCUGACUUUACAAUAAAUUCUGCCCCCUUAAAACCAACAUUUUCAAUGGAUUUUACAACCAAUAUCACAACAUCAACACCUACCACUAAAACUGAUUCUGCAGCAAUUUCCUCAACAUCAGCUACAAUAACUAAAACUGAUGCUACAACAACUGGCCAGACAUUUUCACGUAACAAACCCGCUGCUACCACAGUGGUAUUCACCACUAAAACUGAUUCAGUACAGACUACCCCCAUAUCAUCAACUAGAGGUAUGACCACUUUCUCAAUUUUACCAAACUCCACAAUUGAUUCAACAGAAACUACCUCCUCAUCAAUAUUCAGCACAGUUUCUUCCUCUUCAUCAAUAUCCAGUAUAAGAUCUGAUUCUACAUCUAGUGCCUCUACAUCAUCACUCACUAUUAACUCUGAUUCAGUGCCUGCAGAAAUUAUUAAUUCCACAUCAACAUUCAGUAAUAAAAGUGAUUCUACAGCAACUCUCUCUACAUUAUUUCCCAUAGUUGAUUCAUUUUCAAUAACGCAAACAUCUGCCACUGAUUUUAUAGAAACUGCCACCACACCAUUGUCUAGCUCUGAAAAUUCCUCCUCAUUAUUACUUAGUACAGUGACUUUGUCUUUACCUAUAUCCAGUAAACUUUCUGAUUCUACAGCCACUGCCUCCACAUCAUCCUUCACUAUUAACUCUGAUUUAGUAUCUGAAAGAGUCACUGAUACCAUGUUGACAUUUAGCACUAGAACAGGCUCUACAGAAACUUCCUAUACAUCAUUCCCCAUAAUUGAUACCUUUCCAACAAAACAAAUAUCUCCCACUGAUUCUACAUCAACUGUCUCGACACUGGUGUCAAACUCUAAAACGAAUUUGACAGAAGCUUCAUCUGUAUCAGUAUCCAUGACAGUUACUGCCCCCGCGUCAACACCCAAUACAAGAUCUGAUUCUUCAGGCAAUGCAUCCUCAUCGUCACUCACUAUUAAUUCUGUUUCAGUACCUACACGAAUCACUGACUCUACAUUGACUCUUAGCAUUAAUACUGGUUCUACUUUAAGUUCCUCUUCAACACUGCCAAUAGUUGAUUCCUUUGAAACCACGCAAACAUCUGCCACCAAUUCUACGGCAACUGCCUCUACACUGGUGCCCAACUCUAAAAUUAGUUUGAUAGAAACUUCAUCCACAUCAUUAUCCAUCACAGCUGCUUCCUCUGAACCAAUAUCCAAUGUAAGAUCUAAUUCUACAACCAAUACCUUCCCAUCAUCAAUCUCCAUUAACACUGAUUCAGCACCUACAAGAAUCAUUGAUUCAACAUUGACAUUCAGCACUAAAACUAACACUGCAGUAACUUCCUCAACAUCAUUCCCCAUAACUGAUUCUACAUUAACUGUCUCCACUCUGGUGUCCAAUUCUCCAACAAAUUUGACAGAAACAUCUUCCAAAUCAUUAUCCAUGUCAACUACUGCCCUUUCAUCAAUAUUCAGCACAAGACCUGAUUCUGCAGCCAAUGCCUCCACAUCAACACUUACCACUAACACCAUUUCAGCAGGAACUUUCUCUAUAGCACAACAUAUAUCUAUUGAUUCUACAGCCAAUAUUUUCACAUCAACAUCUGCGACAGAAAAACAGUCUAUGGUAAUUUCUUCUUCAUUGCCCACAGGUAAAAGUAAUACUACCGCAACUGGUUUCACAUCAGCACCUACAAGAGCUGCAUCCACAGUGACUAAAAAUGAUUUUACACCAGCUGUCUCCACAUUUACAUUCGACACUAAAAUGGAUUCUGCAGACCCUGGCUCCCCAUCAUUAUCCACCAAGGCUGGCACAUCAUCAUUAAGAUUCAACACUAAGAAUUUCUCUACAGCAAAUGUCUCUACUCAGAUAUCAACAGUUGCUACUAAUAUUACUGUCAAUGCUACUACAUCGACAGUUAGCAAUACAACUGCUUCUACUGCAAAUUCUUCUGCAUCAUUGCCAACUGAUUCUACAGCAAACUCCACUGUAUUCAUAGCAACAAGUAACACAACAAAGUCUGCAGCUACAUCUGAUUCUAGGAUAUCAACACUAAGCACUAAAGCAGAUUCUGUAGGAAAUUCAUCUACAUUAAAACAAUAUUCAAGCCUUGAUACUACAGUCACUACAUCUACAUCAGCCUCCCUUUACUCUGCCUCUGCAGUAAAACCUUCCUCAGUGUCUUAUUCUACAGCCACUUCUACCACAUUAGCAACUCAUACUAAAAAUGAUUUUAUGGCACCAUCCUCUGCAUCACUAGUCAAGGAUUCUACAACAACUUCAACCACAUCAUCACUGAAUAAAAUUAACACUACAGUAAAUUCUACUUUGCCCAAAACCACAUCAACAGGUAGUAACUUUUUAUCAGCAUCUAUGAUGACAACUAAGGCUGCAGUUGCUACCAUGUCUUCCACAUCUGCAUCUAAAAGUGGUUCAACAGAUGGUACCUCAGCAUCAGCAUCAACGACUACUAAUGAUACUGUAGUAACUGCCAAUAAAUCAGCACCUCUAAAUGACAGUGCAACCACUGCUUAUUUGUCACAACUGACAUCUUCAGAAAGGAAUUCUGCAAUCACUGUGAAUAUUUUCACUGCACACUUGCCGGCAACUUUAUCGCAACUUGAUACAGCUUCCAGCAUCACCACAUCAACAAGAAGCUAUGGCUCACCCUCAUCAUCAUCAAAAGGCCCUACUUUGAACCCCUCUGCUUUCAUAACAACAUCUGACAUUGUGGUUUGCACAAGUGAAGACAAAUCAUUUAACAUUAACUUCACUAUUACAAAUAUGGACUUUACAAGUGACUUAGGAGUGACAACCUCCCCUCUGUACAAGGAGGUAGAAGCUAACAUUACUACACUGCUUAACCAGGUAUACCAAAACAGCGAUGCAACUGGCUACUUCCAAUCAUGCUCAAUAUUAGACCUAAGUCCAGGAUCUGUGAUAGUAAUCAGUAGUUGUUCCUUCAAAACUGUCAAUGGGAAAUUAUGUGUGGACACCGUAAAAGCUGAGAACAUCUUUAUAAAUGCAACCAAUAAUGUGACACUAUUGGGAGGCAUCUAUCAGCUGAGAAAAGGCAGCUUGACAGUUAAAGAUUACAGUAUUCCUUCUUCACCAUAUUCUCAAGGUUUUCCCUUUUGGGGAAUUAUUAUUAUCGUACUGGGAUCCUUCAUCCUAUUCCUUCUGCCACUGCUUAGCUGCAUACUGUUUGCCAUUUGCAGGCGUCGCAAUGUAAGAAGAUACUACGAAAUAGAAUAGAAACCUAAUUCACCUGGAGGCGAUUCAACUUGAGUGCAAUAAAAAAAGAGGAUCCUGAGCAAUAUUCUGCCCUGUGUGACAUUUUUCUCAAAUGGUUUGUCAGUUGAAAAGAUUUUCAGGGCUUUCAUAUUUGUGUGUUUUUCUUUUCUUUUAAAUUCUAUAUUAAACCUUCGUGUGGGAAAAAGGUUUUUUAAAAACAGACAUGUACAGCACAAUUAUUUUAUUUAUUUAUGAUACAAUUCAACACAAAAACAUUACAAAAUGUUUAUGUAUUAUAUUCUGUAUAAAAUAUAUUUUUUCUAAUAAAAUAUUUAUUAAAGUU